CUUUGCUCGCCAGCCGCCGCUCUCGCGGCCACGACCGCGGCCUCCGCAGGGUGCGGCCAACGUCUCGUCUCGUCAGUGCCCGCCCUACUUCGUGGCCAUCCCCUGGUACCUUUCCCGGUGGCGUUACACUGCCGGUUCCAAGGAAGUGACGCGCGCACCUGUCUCGCCCAUGGCCUGCCGGCGUCGCGAAGGAUUUGGAGCUGCCGAUCCAUUCGUGACUUCAGGUCCAACCAGAGAGCCUUCUGAAAGUUACGUAUUUGUUGGGCGCAAGUCCAUGAUUGAGCCUCGCCUUACCACCUUACAACUUGUGACAGCCAAUUUCUGCGCCGCGGCGUCUCGACCUGCUUGCAAGGAUCUCAGCGCCGGAUCGGAUCCAGCCCCGAUCCCGAUGCGCGCGGAGGGAGGAGGAAGGGAACACCCAUCCAUGCAUCCAUCCUUGAAGAUCUCACGCACGAGACUCUCAUGUUCUUCAAUUCCUGUGAGAUUCUUGGAUGAUGGAUUAGGGUGUAGGAUUAGGGGCUUCAGGCUCGAGAGGGGACACCAAAAUCUCAUGGGUUGGAUGGUAGGUCGGCAAUGAUGGUAAAUGAGUAGAGUGCGGCAGAUAUUGCCGGACGCAUAAGGUGGGAGACAUCAGGAGUUGACAGAUUGGCAUAGCGAUCUAAGGCGGCGAUAGGGAUCUGGACACGGACGCAAGUCAAAGAGGAAGUUGUCACAGUUGAGGAAGAAGGUGGCGAGAGUGUGGGAAGAGGAGGUCAGCUUACCGUGGAAACUCGCUACCAAAUACCAACGCCGUGCAAGCGCUGAGGGAGGAGAAGGUUGAAGUGUAGGCUGUAAAACAAAUAAGUGCUAGGCACUCGAGAGAUGCUAAGAAAAACUACAUCCCACUAUAAACGAUGUUGCUGCCUCUGUAGCUA